UGGACUCUCUGCUCAUCUCCGCCUUCCGGCUCUUUGGUGGUAGUUUGUGGACGGAGAGGAGGCGAGGAGAGGGCGGGGGAGCCGAGCCAAGCCGUCCGCGUGGAGCGUUAUUAUGGCGGAUGAGGAAAUGACCGAGGGCUCGGAGAAGUCUUUUAAGGUGCUGGGAAUACUUGAUAUCAAAAAUGUCCCUUGUGCUCGAGAAUCAUUGCUUUAUGGAACAUUGGGUGCUCUAGCUGUGGGCCUUGGGCACUUUUUGGCAACUAGCAGAGUGAGACGAUCUUGUCACUUCGGAAUGGGAGGUUUUGUUCUGACAACAUUAGGAUGUUGGUUUUAUUGUAGAUACAAUAAUGCAAAACUAAGGAUUCAGCAACGUAUGCUUCAAGAAGCUGUAAGAAACAAGAUUUUGUUUGAAAGUACUCCAUUUGAUCCAGGGAAGAAGACAGUGACAAACAGUGAAGGAAGCCGUUCCUAGUUUUUUGCAACAAGGUUUAAGUGAUUAUCUGUAACUUUGCUAUGCUAAUUAAUUUGUAAAACCAUAAAGUCUCUUUACUGCUGAGUAUUAGGCAAACGUGUCUACUAGCAGUGGGCUGUCUUCUUGACCCACUCAUGUUUCAUCUUUGACUGUGUAAAAGUAAUGGUACUUGUGGGUGACAAGAUUACUACUUCAGAAUGGCUCCACCGCUUAAAGUACUAGUUGGAUGUAUUUUGGAAUUUGCAUGGUAUUGAAAAUUUGCAACGAAUACAAAUUAGCCUUUGAUAAUAAUGCAUUAAUAUAUGGGAGUGGGGGCAGUAUUAACAAAAUCUAGUGAAAGUAUGGCAUUGGCUUUAAAACCUGUACACCUCCAGGGUUUUUGGGCCUUACUUCACAAGCAACUGUAAUCAGCAUAGAAAGCCACAUGUUCCCAACCCAUUUUAAAGGCUAUAGUCCGAUACCUACAUAUGUGGGAGUAAGCCCAUUGAAAUGUUUUGAGUAUCACUGCAUAAUUUUUACCAAAUUCCUUUAGUUUUAGGUUUGACACUACUUUGCAUCAAUCUCAUUUGAAAAAACCACCAUUUUCUCUACUCCUUUUGACACUUCCUAAAUUUCCACCAGCUGUAGAAAUUGGUAUGAUAGAAUAUCAAGUACUUUUCACUUUGUUGUGUGAAGUACUAACUAUAAAACAGAAUGGUAAUUAAGACACACUGCCACAAUUCCAGUUCACAGUGGCUAGCUACCUUCAAGACAGGAGAAACAUAGACUAAGAUCAAGGAAUGCUCUAAGUGUCCUCAGAGAAUACAAGUUGUAUACAAGUUUCUGUAAGACAUAAGUGCUAUUGUACUUGUGUCUUUUUUCUCAAGUACUUGUUUGGCUGCUAAAAAAUGCUGGAUUACAGACCUUCUGCUGUAGCAAACACGAGUUACAUAAAUUUGUUUACACAAGCUGCUUUUGGGCCUAAUGCUCCCAAUAACAAUCUUCAGGUUUACUUUACUGUUCCUGAGCAUUUUCUAUUAUUCAACAAGAGAUCUGGAUAAAUAUCUGAAACAAGUAUUCUAUUUCUCAUUUCAACUUUUUUUUAAACAUUCAGUUGACUAAUACAUCCAUUUAAUAUAUUAAUCAUUUUAAAUCUUUUUGUAUUGUGAAUUUACUGAUUCUGCGGGGGGGGAGGGGUUAAUAUGCUUGGGUAUAAAAUGCCUUGUCCUUUCCACUUUAAAUUAAGGAAUUACACUUGUUAGGUGCAAUUUCAAGUGCAUAACAAAGGCAAAGACCAUCAAAGCUUUAUGCUGGAAUAAAUGUGAGUUCUAAGGUGCCACAGUAUUUUGUUACUUGCUUGAGAGUAACCUUUAAUGAACUCAGGAGGACUUUUAAGUAAACAUGCAGUAGAAAAAGCUUUGACAAGAAUUAAACCUGAUUUAUGCAAAGACCAUUGUUCCUUUUGCAAGGCUUACAUUUUUUCCUUUUACCAUAGUACCAUAAUCAUUCAGGCGGCCUAAAAUCAAAGUUUCUCUCUUACUUGUCUGCAUGUAAUAGUGGGAAAACCAAACAGAUUGAAGUUAUUUGACGGAUAAA